AUGUAUGAUGAUUUCUUAGUUCAAUGCUCAGCUGUGGUUGACCCUUUUGCAGUACCAAAUGAGGAUGAGGCAGAACGAAUCAAGCGACAGCAAUGGGUUGAGAAUGUCGAAAAGGAAAUGAAUCUGCAUCGGAGCCCAUUUAUUGCGGCUGAGACUGUCUGGAAAGAAACUGAGGCAUUCGCAAAGCAUAUGAAUCAUCCCGACAAGCUCUAUAUUCAUGUAGCUCUUCCUGUAUUGCGACAAUGCGUACCGGCACUGAAUACCACAUUUCGUGACGUCGUGUCCGCUGCUAUUCACGAGCUCAUUCCUGUUGUUUUCUUCACACGCAGUUCUAUUAUCAAUGACCAACAGAGUAUUGGUGCUGGCGAUGUAUACAACAACACACUUACACGCAUCAGCUACGCCGAAUGCUUCUGGAACUUGUAUAAGGUAUACCAAAAUUGUGAGAUGAAACUGUCAGUUUUUGAAAAGAAAAAGGCUCUAGAAAAUUCUGUUAUGGGACGUUUAGUGCGUUCUUUAGACAGACUUUUUGUAAAAAUGUGUUUUCUUUCUUGGCGAACCUACUGUCGUACACUCCGAGAAAAGACCGUUUUUUUUCAGAAACUGGCUCUACGAGGAAUGACAUGCUAUACAGUGCCACGUUUCAUUGUAGCCUGGCGACGAUACGCUCAUACACUAAUGCUGAAGGCAAAACUUGCCCGAUUAAGCGACUACGCUUGUCGACUAGAACUCUUGUAUCCCCAAGAGCGUUCUGUGAAGAACCUCCACGAGCGCAUGAAUGAGGAGUUGCGUGAGAAAAUGCGCUUACUAAAAGCAGAAAGACUAUGUGAGAAGCAAACUAAAGAGCGUUGGUGUGCUCUCCAAGACCUUUAUAAUGAGACCCAAAAAUCUCUUCAAGAACAUUGGUUAGAGUGGCGCCGGUGUGUAAAAGCGAUGUUUGGAGACUCUCAUCCGCAUGAUUUCAGUAUUGAGGAGAACUUUACCCCAAAGAGGGUUGAUUACGAUUCAAAUAUUACAGAUUCAGCUUCCGUGUUUAUCAAGCGAGCCCGAUUUCACACAGGGAAGAUAGAGACUAAGCAAAUUCAACAAUGCUUAUACGCACAAAAUGCCUCACAUUUGUACUCAAAGCAGAAAAUGCGCUUAAUUGGAAAUGCUUUAAAAACUUCUGAAAAAGAAGAUCCUGAUAUUUCUGAUGAUUCAACGCUUAAUAGUUUUUCAUUCGCCUCGAGGGAUAAGCAUAAGGAAUUAAUAACCCUUCUGAGUAUGACAUGCAAUUCUGUGAUUUCCCCGCUCCAUCUCUGCGAUAUCAUGCUCAAUAACCAAAAUGCGUUAGCAAUUGUGCUUAACUUCAUCGUUUGUAUGUAUGGUGGAGGUCACUGCUCAUUGUUUAAGCCUUCCCUUCGUUUGUGUGCCGAUAUUUUGAAAAAAAAAGAUCCAAACGUGAGAUCGCCUUUAAAGAAUACUGAUGACGAGACGUCUGUCAGUGAGAUGCCGUCCAAUUUUAAUGUGGUAUCGAUGUUGUCAGAUGUUUCCCAGGGAAUGGAGCGUCUGGAGUCCUGUUCAGCAAAGAGCGAGCGCUACCUCAUGUCAAUUCGGUCCUUAACGGAUGCAUCAGAGACAAGAAAUAUUCAGGAUUAUAUCGAAGCAUUGUUUCAGCAUUUAGGGAAUAUGGGACUCCCUCUCGAUCGAACAAAAAUUGAAUGCGUCACUGUUGAGUUCGUUAAGCCUGCGGAUGGUCCGAUAGUGCACGCGCUUUACCCUUCAACUGGAAUUUCAACAUCGUCAGAGUUGAUCAACUACCUUACUAGCUUGGCAGAAUUUACUGGUUGGCCAUUAUUGCGUAUUGCUGAACGCCUUGAACUAGAGUACCCUUACGAUUCUAAGGACGAACUAAAUUCUAGUUUUAACGAGAGAAAUAUUACUCAGUGCCUGCAAGAGAACAGCAGCAGGCUUUCCAUCAUGUUCGAAUUACUAAAAGAGGACCAAUCUCUAAAAGUAUUAUCGAAGGAAAAGACAAAGAACAUGUUCAUGGACGCACUACAUAUGUCUUCUAUGCACGCGGACAGUGUCUGGGAAGAUAUCGAUCCAAAGAACAAACACGUUACAAAGCAGGAACUUUCUGAAUUGCUAUAUAUUGCCGCUCACUACUUGGAUCCGUCACCUUUUUCAGAUCCGGUUGUAAAGCUUCAAAAUGUAUUGGAUAGCUGCAAUGCUUACAUAGAAGAGCUCAGUAUUUCUAGUUGA